AUGGACAGUAGGAUCGAGAGCAGAUUGAAACAGAAGUUGCAGAGUGGACAGAGGAAGGAAAGGCUGAGAUUUGUUCCUGGCGUUCUGUUUAUUGAUGAAGUCCACAUGCUAGAUAUCGAAUGCUUCUCCUUCCUAAACCGUGCAUUGGAAAAUGAUAUGGCUCCAAUCCUAGUCCUUGCAACGAGCCGUGGGAUCGCAUCCAUCCGUGGGACAAACUACCGGUCGCCACACGGGAUACGACCAGACUUGCUUGACCACCUCUUGAUCAUCACGACGCAGCCAUACACGGAGGAUGAGAUCCGCAAGGUCCUGGACAUCAGGUGCGACGAAGAGGAUGCGGAAAUGUCCGCGGACGCCAAGGUCCUGCUCACGAAGAUUGGCAUGGAGACCUCCCUGAGGUACGCUAUCCAUCUGAUCACUUCCAGCCGCUGCGUUAGACUGACAGAAGAGCAAGGGCAAGUUGGUGGACAUAGAGGAUAUCAGCGCGGUCUACCAGCUCUUUCUGGACGUGAAGAGAUCGACCCAGUACCUGAUGGAGUAUCAGAGCCAGUACAUGUUCAAUGCAGUAUUCUAUAG